UGACAAGUAUGUUCGUUCGGAAUGAUGACAGGAAACCUCCAAAUUUGAUCUAAUUCCACUUACAUUUACUUUGAGUGCACGUUAACAAUUUAGCGUAAUCCAUACUGGUUUCGCAUUGAAAUUUCCAAAACUGUUAAAAGCGUAAAUUUUAAUUAAUCGAUAGUUAUGAAUAUUGCUCUGACUGCAUUCAUGAUCCUAUUACCUGUUGGUAAAAUUUUGGCCUAUGAUCCAAGAGAUAAGGAAAUACAAAACGUUAUAUCAUCAAAUGGCACAUUUGCAGCUUUCUAUCCUCGUGAAAUGAAUGGAGUAACAAAUGGCAACGUAAGGGCACCAUUCGCACAUGGCAGUUACUUUAAGAAUCGAAAUCCUGCUCUAGUGGACGUGAGAAAUGCAGCUGCAUAUGGGUAUCGUUUCGAUGGAAAACGUCGAUUCAACUAUAGCUAAUUGUCGGACUUUUCAACAAUCUGAACGUUAUCUCUGUCUUUACCGGAAGGGCACCGAAUCAUUGGAUACUCUAAAACGUAAUAUUGGAUUGAUUGUGGUAUGUAAAUAAAUAUUAUAAAUGUAUGUAAUACAAAUGUAAUUGGAAUUCCUAACAAAUAUAUACAUUGAAGAAAAAUGUACCAAAAACAA